AUGGACGUGAAGAUUCAGGAGAAGACAGCGCUCGCGCAGCGGCAGUUCAUGGAGAAGGCCUCGAAGCUCAUCGCAAACAUCAGGGGAGAGUGGCAGCUGGUGGAGGUCAACGAAAUGAUCGCCGCUGAGUAUGAAAAACUGUACGGGCGAAUCGCAAUGCAUCCCUUGCUCUCGGUGAAGGGCGGCAAGAAGGAGCCCAGAUAUUUGAUCGACCGCGAUGAGACCUGGGUGAUCUACAAGCCGCCGCUCUGGCAGAUGGCAGGCAGCCCAAACAGUUGGUUGCCGAACGUCAAAAAGCUCGUAAAGCAGAGCCAGAGCCGGGAAGAUGCGCGGCAGAAGCUAGUGACGGAGCCUAAGACGUCAGCUUUACAGGAGUGGCAUGGUAUCAUGACCGGCAUCAAGUGGAUCGUUGAUGAAAACCCAGAAGAGCCGCAACGGAAAGGGGUGAAGGACUGGGGCUUCUUGCAGCGCUUGGAUCUGGAGACCGAUGGGCCCGUUCUAGUGGCGAAGAGUUGGCGCGCCCAGAGAUUCCUGCAGGUGCAGCUGAAGGAGCACAUUUUUUCGAAGGCCUACAUGUGCUUAGUCCACGGCAAGGUGGAGAACCGAACCCAGCACAUCAAGGCUAGGUUUGCAGAACUUGGAACAUCAGGCCAUCAGGUCAUGGUGAAGUACGAUGCCAUCAAUGACCCCUUCUAUGAGAGACACAAAUCGGGCUGGUGGCAGAAACGCGAGCAGCGGGUGGCUGACACCUUCCUCAAGCCCCUGGCAUAUUACAAAAAGAAAGAUGAUGGGUCGGAGUACACGCUCGUCUACGUGAACAUCCUGAGUGGAAUCACCCACCAAGUUCGUAUCACUAUGCAAAGCAUUGGUCACCCACUGGUCAGCGAUGACCGCUAUUUGCCCCGCGAGCAGGCUAUGGCGGACUGCCAGUGGUGUCCUCGCAACUUUCUUUGUGAAGUUCGCUCUGACUGGUUUGACAUGUGUGGUCCCUACCAAGACUCAAAGCGGCGCAGAUACGCGCGCAUAUCUAUAGAGAAUCCCUUGCCGAAGCUUUUCCAAGACCUUCUCGAGCAGAAGCUCCACUUGGUUCAGAAGCUCGACCCUCAUGCAGAUUUGUACCAAGGAUGCCAGUAUUGGGCACUUGGAGAUGAGCAGCUCAUGAUAGACCACCCCAAGGAUACAGAGUAUCAAAAGAAAGUCAUGAGAUGGGGGAUACGCCGUGGGAUACACCUGGAUGCUAUGGAUCGGUUGCUGCUUCUGAAGCGUGAAGAAAUUGAUCGUGUUAUGGCAGAGUACCGCUCUCCCGAUGACGAGGAUGGCGUUUUUUGGGUGUGCCCGGUGUGCAUGAGCUUCAACCACCCCACACAAUACGGGGACGGGACCACAUGCAAAGGCUUUCUAGGCAAUAAGUGCGCCUCGACGAAGAAGGUGUCAAAAUCGGAAAAUGUAGUGGUGCCGGAAGGAUGGAGGGAUUACCUGGCAGAUCCUACACUUCAUCUCCUGGCCGUCGUGAACCCCUUGUUGUUGAGUGCCAGAAAAGAGGCCAUUUCGAGGUCCCGGCCCAAUUGGGAUCGACCUCCUGGUGAGGAGGAGGGCGAGCAGGCAACACCAGACCAGAUCGAAUCUCUCCACAAGGCGCUUGUGAAGGAUGCGGAGAAGGGGGGCUUUGGCUUCCACCAGGAUGAGCUCCACAAGAUCGGGGGCCUUGAGACGGCGCAGAUGCCGCUGAGGCUGCCGCAGGACUGCGAGGUGCGCCGGGUGCGGCUGCCGGGCCGAGGGAUGCACUCCCGCUGGAACUACACCUUGUCGGGCAAGGAGCGGUUGAAGGCAGCUGCAAGCUUCUCCUGCAGGCUGAAGCCGGUGAAUGAGCCCAUCCUCGUAGAUACAGAGAGGCUACCUGAGAAAUAUUUUCUCCGUGGGGGAGGUCAAGGAGUCUACAAUGGGCAGCAACAGGCUGCGGAGGAGGCCGGGAGCAAAGGGAGGGGUGAGGAGACGGAGCAGAGUUCCAAUGAAAAGACUCGGAACAAGAAGGAGGAGGACCAAAGCUGGGGCGGCUGGAACAGCUGGGGCAGGUCGGGCAACUACAAGCAAAGGUGGGAGAAUCAGGAGAGGGGUUGGGAAAAGCAGGAGCCUUCGGCAGUAGAGCGAAAAAGGCCUAUGGAGGAAACCUGGCCAAACUCACCUGAGCAGCCCGCAAAGCGCUCCAAGUCUGUCUGGAAGAAAGUUGAAAAGCGCAACAUGCCGGGCCAUUUCUUCUAUGUGGAUGCUGAAACCGGAGAUGUCUCCGAAGCACCGCCACAACUCUUUGAAGAAGUUGUCUGGGAGUGCAAGGAGUCAAGCACGGCUCGAGGGGCCUAUUACUAUUUCAAUCGGGAUUCAGGCGAGACCAGGGUGGACAGACCGAAGGGCGUGAAGAUCAUAAAUGAUGUGCAGCAGGCCAAGGCAAAGACCAAACCAGAGGAAAAGAAGGCGGAGUCUGGCAUUCCCUGGCAGCGAAUCGAGUCCAAAUCGCAGCCUGGACUCUACUACUACUUCAACCCUUUGACAGGUCAAACUGACACCAUGCCUCCACGCGUGCAGGCUCCCUGGCAGCUUUUGGAGUCGAAGUCCAAAAGAGGGCAAUGGUACUACUUCAACCAGUCUACGGGCGAAAGCACGGAGGUGCCUCCACGCUGCGCUAUGCCAAAGGGUGAGCAGCCCUCCGCAAGGCAAGAUGCACGUGGUCAAAGUGAGGAGUGGGAGAAGCACAUGUCCGCGAAGCACGGCAAGUUUUAUUGGAUCAACACAAGGACCAAUGAAACCAGAUGGCAGCUGCCAGGCAAGACCAACGCAGAACGCCCCAGGGCCAAGGACCAAUGGGAGCGCCUGGAAUCCUCGAGCUACCCCGGCAAGUUCUACUACAAAAAUCUCGCCACCGGUGAGACGAAAUGGACCUCCUGA